AUGUCAUCAAAACUACCCGUACCGGAUAAGCCUUUGGUCAUUCUCAUACUGGGCGGUACCACUACAGUAUCUCGGCCCCUCAUCCAUUAUCUGGUUGGCGGAGACAAGAAGUUGGCUUCGUAUAUCAGACUAGUUGACCGGUUCUCUUUCAAACCCCCAACAACAUACCUAGACAAACCUUUCCUAACUCUCCUGGACGCUCCAUCAUCUCCUAUAGAAUACAAACAGAUCAAUCUGUCCAAUACAUCUCGUCAUACGGAGCUCUUUACUCCUCCAUCAGAAUGGGCCGGUGUGUCUAUCAAAAAAGAAAACUUUGACGUGGUAUUUGACCUCACGGGCGAGCCAGCGUUUGACAAAUCAGAAUUGAUCCAAAUAUCCAACACGUAUCAAAUAGCAUUAUCAUUAGCGACUUCAGCUUCUCAACUUGAUCCAAAGCUCAGACCGGGAGCUUAUGUCCGACUUACAUUCCCAUUCUACGAAAUGAAAUCUUUGCCUUCAUCUUCCGCCGGUCAUGCGGAGACGGCGAAUCUCAAACCUGAUGGUGAUAGAGGGAGAUGGUGGCAUGAAACUGUAAGAGGUAUUGGAAGAUUGAGUAACCUGAACUUUGGAGUGAUACGUAGUGGAGCUAUGUAUGGUCGAGGAACGUGGGAAGGGGAAGUGACUGCGAGGUUGGUAAUAGGGCAUGUGUACAAGUCCUUGAAUGAGGAGAUGAAAUUCCUGCAUAAUCCCGAUCUUCGAUACAACACCAUUAACACCAUCGACAUUUCCCAAGCCCUCUACCUCCUUGCAUUGUAUCUGCUCAACACUCCACGAGAGACGGUCACAUUUCAAUGCGGCGUCGAAAUACCUUUCUCUUUCCCGGAAUCAUCUUCAGGGUUUUCCCUCAUGCCAUCAUCCAAACGAGACAGUAUGUCGGAAAUGUGGAAAACAGUGUCCACCGUCGUGCCGGAAAAAGCGACGGUGGUGGUACCUCUUUUCAACGUGGUCGAUGACGACGACGCGACGCAAGAAAAGCUAGCAAAGGUUGUGGCUCAAGUGUGGGGAAUCAAGUAUGGGUUUCUGGGGAGUACAGUUGCUUCUUUGGUACAACAAUUUGCCAAGACGGACUUUUUCGAAAUGGUCGAAGAUGUCAACGAGCUGCAUGUCGAGGCAUGGGCAAAAAUGCUAGCAGCCACAGAACCUCCCAUAACACUGACACCGAUCACACCUUUUCUGGACGAACAUGCAUUCAGGAAGCUUGCCAUCUGUCUGGACAGUUCGAAAGCCCGUAGAAUUCUUGGUUUCAAGCCAAUCAAACCGAGAAUAGAAGUGGAAGAGCUGAAAGUGAUCGUGAAAGAUUUCCAGGAUGACGGGCUUUGCAUGAGCGACCAUUGUUUGGCGGGACCACUUGCUCAUCUAUCUGACGCCAAUGCGCGUAAUGCGGCAUGCGACCGGGCUGAAAGGGGAACAAACUGA